GUAACCUUUUUAUUUCAGGUCCAACGCAGCAAAAAAAGUCUCCUCUGCCUCUCUCUGUCUCUUUCCUCUCUGCGUCUUUCUGAGGGCUUGAAGCGAUGACCAUGGCAGCAUUUCUCGCCAGACGGCUUCUUGGCAACCGCUCGAGCCAGAUUCUCGGGACUUCUAGUUCUAGCUCCGAUGCGUUCAUUUCCGUUGCUAGGGCUUUCUCUUCCUCCACCACUCCGAUCAAAGCAACUCUCUUUCCUGGUGACGGGAUCGGUCCAGAAAUCGCUGAAUCUGUCAAACAGGUGUUUACUGCUGCUGAUGUGGCCAUUGAAUGGGACGAACACUAUGUUAGUACCGAAGUAGAUCCUCGAACCAAUAGUUUCUUGACAUGGGAGAGUCUUCAAUCCGUGCUUGAUAACAAGGUUGGCUUGAAAGGACCAAUGGCAACCCCAAUUGGAAAGGGUCACCGUUCUUUGAACCUUACUCUUAGGAAAGAGCUUAAUUUGUAUGCUAAUGUUAGGCCUUGCUACAGUCUUCCUGGUUACAAAACCCGUUAUGAUGACGUUGAUCUCAUUACCAUUCGUGAAAACACGGAAGGAGAGUACAGUGGCCUUGAACACCAGGUCGUCAAAGGUGUGGUGGAAAGUAUUAAAAUCAUUACCCGUAAGGCGAGUAUGAGAGUUGCCGAGUAUGCCUUUCUAUAUGCCAAGACUCAUGGAAGGAAGAAAGUUUCUGCAAUUCACAAAGCCAACAUUAUGCAGAAAACUGAUGGUCUUUUCCUGCAGUGUUGUGAUGAGGUUGCUAAGAAGUAUCCUGAGAUAUAUUACGAGAAGGUUGUCAUUGACAAUUGCUGUAUGAUGCUUGUGAAAAACCCAGCACUUUUUGAUGUUUUGGUGAUGCCAAAUCUCUAUGGAGAUAUUAUCAGCGAUUUGUGUGCUGGACUUGUUGGGGGACUAGGAUUGACUCCUAGUUGUAAUAUCGGAGAGGAUGGCAUUGCCCUUGCUGAAGCUGUUCACGGCUCUGCACCUGAUAUUGCUGGAAAGAACCUGGCGAACCCGACAGCUUUGCUACUGAGUGGGGUGAUGAUGUUGCGGCACCUGAAACUCAACAAACAAGCAGAGCAGAUCCACAGUGCCAUCAUCAAUACAAUAGCCGAGGGAAAGUAUAGAACAGCUGAUCUCGGAGGUAGCUCAACCACAACAGAUUUCACGAAAGCAAUCUGUGAUCAUCUCUAAACACCCCCGUAAAAGCAAAAUUCUUUCUCUACUUACUCAUUCGCCAUUGGAUCUUCCUUGUGAUUUUUCUCACCCCAAAAGUUUUCUACUUAUUGAUCAUCUUCCUGUGUGAAGAAACAAAAGCCGAUAAGUGGCUUUUCACAUGAUUGAUUUUUUUUUUGUUUUUCUUUACAUUCUAAGUUGUUACACAGCUCCACAGCUAUUUACUUUCUGCCUUAUGGGUAAAGAAGAUUCAUAACAACAACAGGAAGGUUUGUUAACACAUAUACAAUAUGUUUCUUGCCUGAAUUGUUUGGCAUUAUGUACUCUUAAUUCAAAGUAAGAAUGAAUGAA